GAAAGCGGCAGGUUGAGGGGCAGGUUGAGGGGCGGGUUGGGGAGCGGGUUGGAGAGCGAGCGGGCCUGCAUGACACUAUCACGAUAGUGCAUUUCUGCCAGGAGUAACCCCGCCAACCCACACCAAGUCAUGAGAAUUGCGUUUGACUUGCUUACGCAUAAAAUGGUUCCGAUCUGGCACAAGACUUCGGCGGCAUUCUUCCGACAACCCCAGAAAGGCUUGAGGUCAAUGAGAGGACACAAACCCGCUGCUCCAGUAUACCGCUUCUUUAUACCGACGACGCAAUGGCACCGGCUGCGUGCACUGUUCGACACGCACGUCAAGAAGAUGUACCAACCAUGCUCGCUCUUAUUCGCGAGCUAGCAGACUACGAGCAUGAGAUCGACUCAGUUGAGACGACAGAAGUCCAUCUUCUCGCCACGGUGGCUUUCGCUCCCGCAGGCGUCGAGUCUACCUCCACAAGCCCCAACACGGAACCUACAUCGCCCACUAAGCCUGCCCGAUGCCUCUUACUCUUUAACGAAAGCAAAGAACCAGCGGGUAUGGCGUUGUACUUCUACAACUAUAGCACGUGGCGGGCAAAGGCAGGCAUCUACUUGGAAGAUUUGUACGUCAAGUUGAGCCAGCGGAAGAAGGGUUACGGCAAGAGACUGCUCGUUGAGCUCGCAAAGGAGGUCGUGGCUAUGGAUGGUGGUCGAUUAGAGUGGAGUGUGCUCAAGUGGAACAAGCCCUCGAUUGAUUUUUACGAGUCGAUAGGUGCCCAGACCAUGAGUGAGUGGGUGGGCAUGCGAGUAGAUCGUGAUGGGCUAACCAAAUUGGCUGGUUUGUUGGACUGAGUAUGGUAAUCCGGGGAUCUGAGUAACUGUGAGAAAAGCCAAGAUUUCAAACCAUAUAUGCUCCCAGACCACAUUGUGAAUCACCUGAGAGUUUGCACUGUCUACCUCGUGUAGUCUCAAUAUA